AUGUGCAACACGUUGUCCGAGAUGGGAAUUAAAAACCUCAUCCAGCUGUCAAUGGACGGACCGUACGUGAACUGGAAAGCAUAUGACAUGAUUCAAAAAGAGAUGCAAAAACAGACUCCCAACUAUGUGUCUUUCGUCAGUAAAGCUAAGCUAUGGGAACGAUCUCUAAAUAACCGCCGUAACCACCACGUCCCACAACAUGGUUCUUUACUAUGUUCCCGAUUCCAGUCUCACAUGAAAACUUGUCCGGGAGAUUUCAAACCUUUGCUUUUUUUGAACUCCAAGUCCAGGCCGCUUUGCCAAGAAAACCAAUCUCCACAAUCUCCUUCUUCCCCAAAGAACCAGCAAAUUGAAGGAUAUAUUGACCAGAAGAAGAACAAGAAGUUUGGUGACUUCCAUCAAGACUCAAUCCCAAAACAAUCUGUUGCUUCUGAGUCAACUUUCUGUUCAACUCCAGCUCUGCCUAGCAUCAAACCAAAACCUCUGAGUAGUACUGACCUCCAUCAUAAACGACUCGAGGAAGAUGCCCCCCUGAGCUUCUCUGCUUUACCAGAAGACAUUGGGAAGACUUAUAAUGUGUCAAACACAAAUGACACAAGCUCACUCUUAAAUGUGUCUCCCAGUCCCUCUGACCCAGAGCCCCCUCAGAGUCCUGACCCAUUCUCUCUUGGCUCAAGAGCAUCGAGAUGUUCUUCUUCCACGCUGUUCAGCCACAGUCCAGAUCUGUCAACUUUUAGAAGCAGCGUCAUGUCUGUAAGAAACUCAGCAGAAUCCCAGUGCAAAGGUCCAGAGGGAGUAAUUAGUUCCUCUCCAGUUCCUUCUUUGCGUGUGCUGCCGACACCUGUGUCCCCCCACCAUCCUCCAUUACCUCUGUUGUCACCAUCCAGCCUGAUCACCAACUCUCUAUCCUCCUUAAAGCGGAAUGGUCAAACAAAAGCUCGCUCACUUCCUCAGAUUUCACCUGUGACUGAGCCCAAAUUGGAUGAAUCCGAUGUAGAAUUGAAGUGGUCCUGUAUGGAACGACAAAUUGAUCUUGCUCCAAAGACUGCCCCUGGCCUAAAUGUUGCCAUGUCGGUCAGUGCAAGGUCUCGUCCUCCAAGUCCACUGAGGCCUUUAGCAGACACACCUCUAGAGCUGACUCCAUCUCCUCCUGCAAGUUUUCUAGGGUCUUCGUGGCCUGUGCUGCCCCCCAUCAGAAUGCAACAAGAUGGUUCCAUGACAGCUCGUUCCUCGGAGCAGAGCUGUGGUGAGUCCCAGGUCUUUGAUGAACUGGAUGCUCUGGCGCCUCUGUCAGCCUCCUUCUCAUCCAUGGACCAGCCCUCUGAGUCUUCACACUGCCAUUUCAGAAAAGCAGAAGCUCUAUCCUCUGGCCUGGCGCUGCUCACUGUGGGCUGUGACUCCGGGCCUCUGAGCUCGCUGUCUCGUGUCCAGUUACUGCUACUGAACCGGCAAGAGACUGAUGCAGCAAGUCCUUUCUGUUUGGAUGAAGACUCGAUGUCUUUGAACAACUACCCUGACCUGGAGAUGAGCAAUGGUGUUUGGAGGCCCUUCACAGCUGGCAGCAUCUCUGAAAGCAUCUCUGAAAAGUGUGUCUCAAUGGGGAAAACCCAUCAAAACAAACUGGAUGAUGAUAUGGAGUGUUUUUCUGGAUCAUCCUGUUCAUGGAUCAUUGACCCAAGCUCCACGUAUAGAAGCAUGUCAAAAUCCUCGACCACACAACGCCGCUCCAGUCUAGACUCUUUGGAAGAUGAGAUGUCCCCAUUUGGAAAGUCGUCGAAUUAUUCAGGGUUUGCUCGUGAAUCUGAAGAGACAUGUCCAUCAAUAGAAAUAAAUGAAGAUCAAGAGAGAAAGUGGAAGGAGAGAAAUUCAAAGGCUCUCAAAAUGCUUUCCAAACUGCAGGACAAUGCUCCCCACCAGUUGUCAAAUGUCAAAGUCCACUCAAACUUUGAGGAUUUUGAUUUUUUGGCCAAAUAUUGUAUUUUUAAUCAGGAAAGGCUGGCUGAGUACAAAAGCGCUUUUCAAGAAGCAGACAGUGAUGGGGACGGUUUUCUAUCAUGUCUUCAAGUUCUGUGUGUGUUGAAACGCAUUAUUCCCCCUGAAUUGCUGUCUGAAGAAGAAGAAAUUUAUGUUUAUAGGAUUCUGGAGCUGGUGGACUUUAGGGUCACUGACGGACUCGUGGACCUUAGGCUAUUUGCGGUCAUUGCCAGUUUGGCCCAAAGGAUAUCCAGAAUGGAUGACUAUAUGCGCUCCCUUAUCAGCAGUACAGACUUUCACUCUCUGGAAGUUAAGCUCUUUAAAGCAAAGAAGCUGUUCUUGUGCCUUCUAGAGGAGCAGUCAGGUGACGUGACGUCCCCACAGAAGUAUAUCAGCCCAGAACAACUGAUUCUGGAGUUAAAGGCUGGGGGCCUCUGUCUGGAGCAUGAGGCCACGAUCAGAAUGGAACUGCAGCACAUUCCCCCUUUAGACCUGUUGGACUUUCUGGCCUAUCUGCCUUUGUUCAUGCUGAUACACAGGUCUGUCAUUGACAACCCUCUAGAAGACUACAACUAUGACACUACUUCAUAA